CCAUUUUGCAUUUUUUGUUUGUUGUUACAAAACUACUCACAUUGUUCCCUCAAUUUUCAUCCACAACUGAUACCCUUAACGGGUUUCAGUCACUUCAGGAGGACAUGACCUUGGCGUCUAAAGAUGGAAGCUUUGAAAUGGGUUUCUUCAGUGCAGGUAACAACAACACAAACCGCUACCUAGGAAUAUGGUAUAAAAGUAUCCCAGUUAGACCUGUUGUUUGGGUUGCAAACCGUGACAAUCCUAUCAAAGACAACUCCAGCAAGCUGAUCAUAAGCAAAGAGGGAAAACUUGUGAUCCUUAACGAGGACGAAGUUCUUGUUUGGUCAGCAAACUCAACAACACAGACACGUGCAAUGAGUCCAAUUGCACAGCUUUUAGACUCAGGAAACUUAGUACUAAGAGAUGAGGAAGACCAGAAUCCACAAAACUACUUGUGGCAGAGCUUUGACUAUCCUUGUGAUACAUUUUUGCCAGGAAUGAAGAUUGGAUGGAACAUGAAAACGGGUCUUAAUCGUUAUUUAUCUGCAUGGAAGAACUGGGAUGACCCUUCUCCAGGGGAUUUCACAUGGGGUCUGGUACUUGGUAACACCCCCGAAUUGGUUAUGUGGAAGGGUGAGACAAAGUAUUAUAGGAGUGGCCCUUGGAAUGGUGUUAGAUUCAGUGGUAAAACCACACCCCUUUUCGAAUUAGAAUUUGUAUCCAAUGAUGAUGAGGUGUUUUACACAUACAACAUCAAGAAUAAGUCAGUGGUUACAAGGGUUGUUCUAAACCAAUCUGUUUAUUCUCGUCAGCGUUAUAAUUGGAUUGAAGAAAACCAGACUUGGAGGCUUUAUUCUUCGGUGCCACGAGACAAUUGUGACAGCUACAAUCUUUGUGGUUCAUAUGGGAAUUGUAUAGUGAGUGAGUCACCACCCUGCCAGUGUCUAACAGGGUUCAAGCCAAAAUCACAACAAAAUUAUGAGGCAUUGGAUUGGACCCAAGGAUGUGUGCUUAGUGAACCAUGGAGCUGUGGGGUCAAAAACCAAGAUGGUUUUCAAAGAUUUAGUGGGUUGAAAUUGCCAGAUACUACAAAGUCUUGGGUUAAUGGAAAUUUGACAAUUGUGGAUUGCAAGGCCAAAUGCUGGGAAAACUGUUCUUGCACAGCCUAUGCAAACUUAGAUGUCAGGGGAGAAGGUAAUGGUUGCAUCAUUUGGUUCGGAGCACUAAUGGAUUUCAGGGUUGCUUCGGUUCCUGGGCAAGAUAUAUAUAUUCGAAUGGCUACUUCAGAAACUGAAAUAAAGGGAGGGCAUAAGAAAAAUGUUGUGGUGAUAAUUCCAGUUACCCUUCUGUUGAUUGUGAUUGUUUCCACUUUCACUUACAUUUACUGGAGGAAAAGAAAGCAUACUGAAAAAACCUUCGAAGAAAAUAAAGAUGAAGGCCAUGAAGAAGAUUUGGACCUACCUUUCUUUGAUUUUGCUACAAUAGUUCGUGCCACUAAUGAUUUCUCUAGUGACAAGAGGCUUGGCCAAGGUGGUUUUGGACCUGUGUAUAGGGGUACACUAGCAGAUGGACAAGAGAUUGCUGCCAAGAGGCUUUCAAAUGAAUCUGGACAAGGAACUAAAGAAUUCAAGAAUGAAGUUAUAUUGUGUGCCAAACUUCAGCACCGAAAUCUCGUUAAGGUUCUUGGUUGUUCCACCCAAGGAGAGGAAAAAGUGCUCAUCUAUGAAUACAUGCCUAAUAAAAGCCUAGAUUCCUUUCUGUUUGAUUCUUCUCAAAGUGGACUCCUAGAUUGGUCUAAGCGCUUUAACAUUAUAUUUGGAAUUGCUCGGGGGCUUCUUUAUCUUCACCAAGAUUCUAGAUUACGGAUCAUACAUAGAGAUCUCAAAGCAAGUAAUAUUUUACUAGAUAGUGACUUGAAUCCAAAAAUAUCAGAUUUUGGCGUGGCGCGAAUGUUUAGUGGAAAUCAAACUGAAGGGAAUACAAAAAUGGUGACAGGAACAUAUGGCUACUUAGCACCAGAAUAUGCAUUUGAUGGGAUAUUCUCCAUCAAAUCUGAUGUAUUUAGCUUUGGUGUCUUACUACUGGAAAUAGUAAGUGGGAAGAAAAACACAGGAGUUUUCUAUCCAAAUCAUGGAUUUAAUCUUUUAGGACAUACAUGGAGACUGUGGAAAGAGGAUACUCCAAUGAGAUUAGUUGAUGCUUCCUUAGGUGACGACUUUACCUUAUCAGAAGUUUUACGCUGCAUCCAUGUUGGUCUUCUAUGUGUGCAACUUCAUCCUGAGGAUAGGCCAAACAUGGGAUCAGUAAUUUUGAUGUUGAGCAGUGAAAUUACUUUGCCACAGCCUAAGGAGCCUGGUUUCCUUAUUGAAAAGAUGUCGAAUGCAGGGGAAACUUCAUCUGGCAAUCAAAUGAACUCUUCCAAUAAUAAGUUAACUGUGACACUGUUAGAAGCUAGAUAGAGUUUUUUUUUUUAUUUCAAGUUUCUGACAUGCAAGUGUAGUAUUCUAUUUAUUCAAUGAUUUUCACAAGUUCAAGUUUUGUCUUUACCCCAUAAUUUCUCACUGGAAAAUCUUU